ACUUUCCCCCUACUGGACACCGUAGUUUUGAGCACAUGACAUUUUUCAUGAGUUUUACUUCACGUUAACGCAACUUCUCGUGCUUUGCGUGUUGCGUUACAACCUUUCCAACAUCUAAAAUCCUCCGCAGCUGCACGUGUGCACGGAUCCGCUGCGUUGAGAAACGCGCAGGACCGAACUCCGGGGAUUUUGGGAGCCAGUCAGUCCCCAUUGUUCAGAUCCCUCCUCCUGCUUGGGAAGUGGGAGGACCCGAAAAGGCGUCGCAAAAGAGAGAAUUGUUUGAGAGCUCAGUCAUCCAAAAACGGCCUUUCAAUGUGAGAACUUGGGGGAGCCGAGGAGAAAAUGUCGGUGGCAUCGCAGUAAAUUACCAAAAAAAGCAGCGAGGCUUUUUUAAGAGGGAAACGAGAAGUUAAAAACUGUUGCUGCUUUUGUUUUGGGACUAAAACUCGGCGCAGAGGAGAGGAAGGAGGCCGGGAGGAGAUCGGGUGGCUACAGCGAGGUGCGAGCAGCUUUUUGGGGGUAGUGUAUGGAAGAUGUUUGGAACGAGAGACUGGACUCCGUGGAUGAAAAAGAGAAGGGCUCCAGUGUUGUGUGCUCUGGGUGCAGUACUACUGUGCUGCCUACAGAGCAGUGCCUCCGUCUCCGAUGAGGUCCCCGUCUUCACCGAAGAGCCCAUGUCCGUGGUGCAGAAGUUGGGCGGCAGCGUGAACCUCCGCUGCGCCGCCCGACCGGCCACAGCCAACAUCAGCUGGCGCCUCAACGGGCAGGAGCUAGUGGACGGGGAUGUUGGUGUCGUGCUCGGCCCCGUCGGCCUGUUCAUCCCCGCCCUCUCAAACCUGACGCUGGGUCGGUACCAGUGUGUGGCCAGCACCGGCGCUGGGGCCCUGGCCAGUGUGCCUGCUAACGUCACCGCUGCCAGAGGGGGCCUGAAGCUGUGUAACCUGAGCCAGAGGAAUGGAGGGGACCCAGGGGCUGGGGCCAGUCAGCGCAGCGAGAAGGGACCACAGCUCAGCCUGGGGGCCCCCUCCUUACCUCCACUGGCCCCUUUUCUCCCCACAACACCGCAUUCCUCUCCGCAGGCCCCGACAGCAGGGCUCGCCAGAAAUUAUGGCCCC